AUGGCAGCCACUGCUCAUAUUGAUCGCACCAACCCACACAGCCUCUUCUACCUCCCCGACGAGCUCCUCGUCCAGCUCGUGUCUCACCUCGCCGGCGACGCGCAAACGCUAUGCUCGCUUGCGCGCGUCAGCCGUUUCUUCCAAAUCGAAGCCGAAAAGCACAUCUACACAAAGAUCGAACUCCUCUCCACCAACGAUCUCCAUGCCAUCAUCGAGGCCUUCACGCGACGGUUCGACCGCGUCGCUUCCGUGGAGACGCUCAAGAUCUUGUACCGGUUCCACGGUGGCCUGGGCGCAACUGCCGAUGAGCGCGCCGUGUUCAAUGCCUGUGUCGGUGGCAUGAAGGCGCUGCGGAGCUGGGAGAUCGAAAGCCCGUACGACAACUACAAGUGGGAUGAGGGCGGAGACGAGUGGGUUCUGAAGGACAUGGAGAAGUUCCGGGCGCACUUGGAGACUGCUAGUCUGAAGGCGGCUGCAGGCAGUCUGACUGGGCCUGGCGACGUGGGGCUGGCCAAACUACAGAGGCUUGUGAUCCACACGCACGGCGUGAGCGACGACUUCUGGAACCUAGGCGAAUUCCACUGCCUCUUCCGACACCCUAGCCUACGCUACCUUCACGUCUCCUGCCUCGCUCUGCCUCCGGACCUACCUAAACUCGAGCCGUACGCGAGAACGACUCCUCUCACCGACCUCGUCUUCGACGAAUGCGAGCUCGAGCCGCGGAGCUUGGGCAGGAUCCUCGCGACACCGAAGAAACUCAAGCACCUCACCUUGGGCGAGAAUGUCUACAAUAUCAACGAGGGUAGAGGCGCGAACCCUAGGCUAACGCGCGCCCCGGAAGCCGCCCUUGCAGCGCUGAGCCAUGUCGCUCAUUCUCUCGAAACCCUCGUACACUACGAUCCGGCAUGGAGGAUCAACAUGAACUACCACAAGGCUCUUCCCAUCCCCGGAGGUGGUAUGCGAGACUUCCACAGCCUGAAGACACUCCGUGUCGACACGUGCUCAUUCCUGCACCGCAGCAUCGCUCUCUCGCAUACACAAGCCCCACCCAACCUACACACUCUUCAGAUCCGGAACCCGCGUCCUAGGGUCACUCGUUUUGGGCCCUUAGCUGCCUCUACCAACGACGACUUCUUCGAACACCUUCCACCGCACGACCCGUACACAUACCUCGCCUCUCUGAAGACUCUGGAUUUUGUGCAAGGCGCGACCUCCGAGAUGCCCAUGGCAAAGACACUGCAUAUCACCGAAGACGAGGCUCUUCGGGAGCGUCACAAGACCGGGUACAAACUGUUCAAGCAUGGCAUCAAUCUCAAAGUCACGCUGGAGGCCACGUGGAGGGCUGCCUUGAUACCGCCCUUCCUGCACGGCGAGCCACUGCCUGAGCUAAUCUGCGUGUACGAUGCACAGGAGAUCGGCUUCAAUCGC